CUCCUAAUAAUACAAUUUAUCAAAACCCUGAAGACAUUUAUCAAAACAAUAAUUAUCUUGCUCAUCAAAACCCUGGAGAAAUUUAUCAGGGCGUUGGUUACAUUCACCAAAACAUGGUUCAUAAUACAAUUUAUCAAAAUGUCUGUGAUAAUAAUUACACUCAUCAAAGCAUGAUUCAUAAUUAUCUUAUUCAUCAAAACUCUAGAGAAAUUUAUCAAAACAUUGGUAAUAAUAAUCACGUUCACCAAAACAUGGUCCAUAAUACAAUUUAUCAAAACCCUGAAGAUAUUUAUCGAAAUGUCGGUGACAAUAAUUAUGCUUAUCAACAAAACAUGAUUCAUAAUUAUCCUGUUCAUCAAAACCAUGGAGAAAUUUAUCAUAAUAAUAAUUACGUUCGCCAAAAUAUGGUUCAUAAUUCAAUUUAUCAAAACCCAGAAGACAUUUAUCAAAAUGUCAGCGAUAAUAAUUACGCUCAUCAAAACAUGAUUCGUAAUUAUCUCAUCCAUCAAGGCCCUGGAGAAAUUUAUCAAAAUGUCGGUGAUAAUAAUUACACUCAUCAAAACAUGAUUCAUAAUUAUCUCAUCCAUCAGGGCCCUGGAGAAAUUUAUCAAAGCAUCGGUAAUAAUAAUUACGUUCAACAAAAUCAUAAACACGAGGACGUUUAUCAAAAUGCUGGUGAUGAGAAUUACAUACGUCAAAACAUGAUUUAUAGUCACCAAAACAAUUUCGUCGCUGAACAGAACUCAA